GGUUUUCUUUCACCAGCUCAAAAGUGGAAGUGGACGCAGUGUUACUUUCUACUUCCACCCACAAACAGACACUUCACAGUCACAAAGGCAGAGACCGUGAGAGCGUGUAACAUAACCAACAGAACAUUUAUUAUUUUUAUUUUCUGAAGUGAUGUUUGUGAGUCUGGAUUUAGAAUGAAGAUCUUCCUCAUCUUCACCUUCUGCCUGAUUAUAGCUGAUACUGAUGCUGCAACUACAGUAACUGGAUACAGAGGAAGAUCAGUUCAGAUUAAAUGCCCCUACGAAUCUGGAUAUGAAGAAAACAACAAGUAUCUCUGCAGAGGUGAAUGUUCCAUUUGGCCUGGAAGCAAAGACAUUCCUGUUGAAUCUAGAUCUGCUGCUAAAGACACCAGAUUCUCUCUGUAUGACAACACAACAGCCAAAGUCUUCACCGUCAACAUCACUGAUCUGAGACCAGAGGAUGAAGGCACUUACUGGUGUGUGAUACAGCGGACAGGGCCUAAUAUCUACAGAGAGAUUCUACUGCUGGUGAAAACGGAUGAUCCCACCAGUACAUCAGUCUCCCAUCCCACACACACCACACACUCCGCUUCAACCCAUGCCGCAGUGCAUGCUGCGAGCACACAUUCAACAACAGCUAAUCCACAAAAAGAAGCUAACCACUCAACCAACGCUCCCUCACCUCCGGAAUUCCACACUUUGACGGUCAUCAUUGCUGUGUCUGUGGUUCUAGUGCUGCUUCUCAUUGUCCUUUCAUUCGCUUUUGCCGUACAGAGGAAAAAGAGGACCCGAGCCUUAUCUCCAGCCCAAUCUCCACAAAGCUCCUCAGACCUUCAUGUGGUUCCAUGUCCUAUCUAUGAUUAUGAAGAGAUUAAAGACAGCAAAUGUCUCGCUAACACACUUUACUCCACUGCUAUGAUACCCUCAGACCCCUAUGAUCUUUACUCCAACAUUGGAUUACCCACAGAUCCAAAUGAUUCUUCACAAAUUGUUUAUGCUUCAGUACAACGCCCAUCAGAUUCUCCUGAUCAGGACAUCUACUCCACAGCUCAGUUACCCACAAUUCUCUCUGACUCAUCAGCCAGUGCUGCUCAGCCGUUGGUUGUGAAAUCUGAAAUCUGUGAAAGCCCAACGUACGCAGCAGUGAGUAUUGACUCCGGUUCUAAUGGUGCAGCUGUAACAGUGAUCUUCGAGAACGAGAACAGCUCAUGUGACUAUGCUAUUGUUAACGUUACUUAAUGUGGCUAGUUUUCGUACAUCAUAGUGCUAAUCAUUCUGAGUUAUUUGUAAUUCGUAGCACCCGUUAUAUUACCUUAAACCACAGUGCUGUUUAGUUCUCAAAUCUGAUUAGUCUGAAGGUGUUGAUUAAUUUUCUAUAACAGCAGUCCUGACAAUAGUGCAACAGAUAAAAAAGUAUGUCAUUUUGUAUUUUAAUAUAUUAAAAAAGUGUAAUUGUUGGCAAAUAGCUGUGUUAUGAGAGGAAUACAACUCCUGGGGCAUGCUGUUAUGUAAAAAUAAUCAACUUUGGGGUGGUAACAGUAACUCCUCUUCAUCACACUACUCUGUCACUCUGUCACUCAGUAGUUUAAUAUAACAGCAACACACACUGUGUUUAUUACUUACUUGUUGUAUAAUCCUCCUGUUUACUGUAUGUGCUAUAUUAAGGCGCAGCAUUAUAUUCCUAGUUUCAGUGUAUUUAUAAAAUCUGGGUUCAGUAUGUUUAUUUAUUUCUCAUUAAGGUUUAUGUAGCUUUUAAUAGUAAAAUGUGUGGCAUGUAUACUCUUCUUUUUGAACCUUGUGUAUAUCUGUGUGUAUGGCUUCUUUCACUUUUGUUGAGCAAUAUUAUAUAUAGAUCAAAUAUUAUAAAUCGGGAUAUUUCUGUCAGGAAGCAGAAAAACUUAUUUAUGAUCAUUAUUAUUUCUGUAUUUGCUUUUGUUGCAACUGAACCAGAAUAAAUCUUUGCUGUGGUAGAUAUGAUUAGGAAAUGUGUAUACACUUCUGAACAUUUUUUGUUUUCAAUCAAUAAAGUAAGAUUUGCUAUUUUAACAUAA